CACUGCAGUGUAAAAUGCCUUGGUACUUUCUGCACCUUCACUGGUAAAGUCAAGUGUACUGCAGUUUAAAUGUUAAAUAAAAAAAAAUAGCACAUUGUGGUGAUUUUUUUUACAUUUUAUAGGUUUGCCUGAAGGGCUUAGCUACUCAGUAGCGGUAGACAAAAAAGAUUCCAGCGUAUACUUCGGCACCGAAAAGGGAUUGUUCCGGUACGACUAUGAAACUCACAACGCUACUCAAGUAUCUGACGGCUUACUGAAAAUAAACAUGAUUUUCGUCGACAAAGAUGGUAACAAGUACAUAACUAACAGCAACAAUGGUAUAGAAGAGCUGUAUUUACUAGAUGGCGAAAAGAAAAUUCGUUUCAAUACUUUAGAGGCGUUGAACGAGUUGUCAAUCGAUGAUAAUAAUAACUUCUACUUCAUCAAACAUGAGCAGCUGUUUGUUUUGAAAUCGACUCAAUCGAUUCCCGUGCAUAUUGGCAACGUUACAUACACCGGCGUGGGGCAAAUCUCAUUUCACAAGGAUAACGUAUUCGUCGCCAGUGACCACUUGGUGUAUUUCCGUGAGAAUGAGACUGGCAGGAUGAAAUUAAUCUCGAAUGUUCCGGAUAAAGUUACGUCUAUAGCUUUUGAUAGGACGGGCGACUUUGUGCUCGGUACUCGCGGUAAACUGUUGAAGUAUAAAAAGAAGGAGUGUUACAUUAGGAAAACUAAUGACUCUAUUUACAAUUAAGCAGCAAUAUAAACCACUACGUUUAUAUAAGAGACUUCGGUUUUACUUCAGUAGAUAAUAAUCGAAAUAGGAAAGUUUGCUAAUAGAACAAUACUUUGCAUGGAACAUGAUUGUUUUUAAUACAAAUUAAAUUGUCUCAUUUGGACAGCUAAAGCACACUAUACAAUUAUACAGCAUAUAAUAACAAUUAACUGAUUGAACCGCUGCCUGACUCUUUUAGCUCUAUUUUGUUAACUGUGUAUUAAAGAUUAAUUUACCCUAAAUGUAUAAAUGCUGCGAUUAUAUCAAUAAAACAUUUUAUAUGGAACAAGUCGUUUUAUUUUAAUAGUUUAAAUUAUUACCUAUCAUUACAGCCGAUUGCUUAACAUAGCUCAAUAUCACCAAGCCACGUAAAGUAAUAUGAUAAUAUCCCUUACAUGACAUUUCGUUAAAAAUAAUUAAAAUGGUAUACAGGGUGAAACCAUCUGUUGAAUACACUGUUACUGGAACUUCAAUAUACCCAUUUUUGGGUGACGAUCCUUGGUGGUUUUACCCUAUUUUACAGUAAAGAAAACUUUUUUUCAUAUUCUUUCAACACACUACCUAGAGUUUUUGGGGCUAUUUUCAUAUUGUAGCGUAGCAUCUAAUCCAUGGACAUGUUUUGGUUUAUCAAUAAUACAGUAAAAUGAAAACUAAACUUAAAGGCAUGAUUACACUCAAUAAAAUGCAGCAAUGUAACUACGCCAGAUGAAACAGUCUGACAGAAUCACUAUAAUAAUAUUUAACUAGAAAACCAGCAAUCUCACAAAUAAAUAACUAAUAUUUAUAACAUUAACUAGGCUUUGAUGUUAUGAUUAAUUUACAGGUGAUAGCUAGCUAAUGAUUCCUAUACACAAUCGUAUACAUCAACAUUAUAAUGAGUGAUAAAAAGAGCAUUUUAUACACACUGGCAUUUAUAACUAAGCCCUUUAUCUAUUUGUGUCUUUGUUACAUUUAAUAAAACAGGAAAAACGGAUAUGUGAUUUCAUAACAAGAAUGUCCUAACAAUGUUAUUCGCUAGAAUGCAGAAAAGUUUAUAUUGCAAACCUAUGACAAUUAUGUUAUCAAUAAUAUCAUAUUUAGUUAUAGAAAAUGUAUAGCAUGAUUAACAUUCUUAUGUAUAUUAUCCAUGUA